AUGAAAAGUUGGCUUGGCGCACUUUCAACAGCCGUCGCGUUAUUUAUCUCGCCAUUAACGAUCGGAGUUUGCAAGCGAAAAUCUACACGUUUGACAGCUGUUAUUGGUGGACUCGUAACUUAUGGAACGGUUGUUGGCGUGGGUGUUGGAAUGAGUCGCGAUUGCUCUACUUUAAUGGUAGCACAAUAUUUCAAGCGCAAACGUGAAUUUGUUGAGAUUUUUAUUGUGUCUGGGAGUGGAUUGGGCAUCGUUGUGAUGUCAACUUUUAUCAAAAGUGCUAUCGAAGCUAUUGGUUGGAGAUUGGGACUUCAAGCAGUUACAAUUUGUGUAUUUAGUACAUUCAUCCUUGGAACAUGCUAUCGAUCAGCAUCUCUUUACCAUCCACAACGACGCGCAAUUCUUCAUUUAAAGAAUCAAAAGAGAAAAAUCAAAGAUAAAAGCAAGCAAUUUGAUGGCCCACCAUUUUUCGAUUUUUCCACAUUGAAGAGUAAAACUGUCAGAAUUAUGAUGCUUUCAACAUCGAUAACUGCAUUUGGCAUCAAUACUCCACUCUUCUACUUGGCACAUCAAAUCACUGAAGAUCAAUUGAGCGAUAAGGUGCUGAUGUUGCAGAUUUAUUUAGGCUGUGCUUGGAUACUUGGAUGUGUCAUUUUUGGGCUCUUGGUAGUGAAGAAUAAUGUAGAGUGCAGAAUCGCGAGACAAUAUUUGUGCCAAACAGCGAUGUUCAUGUGUGGGUUAGCGAUGCUGGUGUUGACAGCUGUUGAUGGAAAUUAUCAAGCGUAUCUUCUUUUCGUGUGGAUUUACGGUAUUUUCGUGGGCGGUUAUCAUUACUCCUUAAAAAUGUUUACAUUCGAAAAAGUUCGAGCACGAAACUUCGCAAGAGCGUGGGGAUUUGUACAAUUUUCUCAAGCAUUACCGAUAGCUUUCGGAGUUCCAUUAGCCGGUUAUCUUAAUGCAAGUUAUUCAAAUCAUGCUGGAUAUUAUAUGUGUUCAGCAUGCGCAAUAAUUGGAAGCUUGACAUUAUUUUUAAUCGACUUACACAAGAGAAAUGUUACAAGACAUAAAGAUGGGAACACGAAAAUGAAAAAUGGCUCACAUUCAUGUACACAAACAUGCCGGAAAUUAUCUUUUGACAAUGAUCAUGAUAACGAACCAGCACUUCAGGGAACCGCUGCUUUAAUUCUUGGCACCGAAAUUCUCGUGCCACACAUAAAUGAUGUCUUAAUGAAUGCUGUGAAUGGGCUAGAAAAGCCAGAACUGACAUGUAUCUCAGAAGAAGGAAUCGCUGACAUGGAUCUACCAGAUAAUAUACUCGAUGACUUUGAUUUUAAUAAUGUCGAUGAUAAUGAUGAAGAAGUUAUCACGUCUUGCAAUAAAGUGAAAUAUUCCAUAAGCGAUAUUGACAAUUCAGUCGCUGCAACUCCAACCGACGUAAGAAAAAACAAACGAAGUUCCUUUAAUCGAAACAACAAAAAUAAUUUGACGUUAUCAACUCAAGUCAUUCCUGAAAUUUCCCACGAAUCUCAAGAUGAAGAGAAACCCGCGUUAAACAAUGGACAUGAUGCAGGCUGCAAUAUUAAUCGUCAGUUAAGAAUUGAUAGGGAAAACAAUGCUGUUUCAAGUAAAGUUCCAACAAAGCAACAUCGAGUGAUUUCUGUGAUUGAAGAAGCGUCAGUUUGAUAAUUUUUUAAUCACAGCGACGACGGAAAGGAUUUUAAGACUGUACCUGAAUUUAAUAAUGAUACUUAUAAAGAAUUUUUUCAUAACUGAACUUCUCGUCCACUUUUACGAUUUCUACUAAGCUUCAUGUUUCUUUGUGUCUAUUAAAAGCUGCCUAGUGAAAAUUUUUACAAACAAACAUAAAUACUACUUAUGUACUUACAUACUCAGAGUUUGCAUCAUACACAAGAUUUGAUAUUAUGAUGAUAGAUUAGUUAUACAUAAGCUCAUAAAUACAUAUAAUGGCUUUUUUAUAUUAAGAGUUUGUAGCCUUGGAAUUGUUUAAAUAUUAAAAUAAAACAUUUUCAUAAAGAAAACUAAUCUCACUUUUAAUCUAACUCUGGAA